ACAAGCUGACGGCCCACCUGAUGGAAAGUGGUAACCGUCGCCUAUAGACAUGAGCAGUACCGUGGACAUAACAGAGUAUACUGUUUCGCCCAUGAUACCCCCCAUGCGUUGCCAUUCCUGAGGACUCAAGUGUUAUUCCUCUGUACACAAAGUACAUAUUUAUAUAGGUAACAAUCAUAGAAUGUUCUAGAUAUACCUAUUGAUUAUUUUUAUAAUAAAAUUCGACCUCAUUUUUGAUACGAUGUUUUCCGAUUCACAGUCAAUGUUAUUAUGUAAAUGUAUACAUACAUAAUUAUACAUAAUUAAACAGUUAAGUAGAUAGAGAUUCCUCGGUAUAUUCCGUUCGAUCAUACUUUGUUUAUAUCCACCGUUCAAUACAAACACAUUCGCUCACUUAAACAUAAAUAUAUUGUAUUAAAAAAAAAAUCAAUUAAAACAAAAAAGAAACAAAUAUUUCGUUGUAACUUCUUGUGAAAAUAACGUGAUCGAAAAGCUUCAUGUUUUAUUAUAUUCUCUAGUGUUUUAUUUAAUGUUUUAUUAUAUUCUUUAGUGUUUUAUUUAAUGUUUUAUUAUAUUCUUCAGUGUUUUAUUUAAUGUUUUAUUUUAUUAUUGAAUAGGUGUUUAAUGGUUAUUUUGUUUUAUGUGUCUGUUUAGUUAAUUGAUUUAUAUGCAGGAUGUCUACCCUGAAGGAUCUAGCAGUGCGACUAUUCGACGCAGGCGCAGUGCAGCUCGGGGACAUCGAGGCCAUGGACGGCCGAUGGACGCCCGUCUACUUCGACUUCAGGAUUAUUGUAUCACACCCAGAGAUUAUGAUGGCGGUAGCGGUACACCUACAGAAUUUGGCGACGGAAAUAAACCACGACAUAUUGUGCGGUGUUCCGUACGCCGCCCUGCCACUAGCAGCUGUCAUGUCAGUCAACACCAGCACCCCGAUGAUUAUGAAAAGGAAGGAAACAAAGCAGUAUGCAACGAAGAAAAUAAUCGAGGGUGUCUACACGAAGAAUCAAAAUUGUCUUGUCGUCGAGGACGUAGUGACGUCUGGUGGUAGCUUGCUAGAAACAGUUAGCACUUUGCGGCACGAAAGUUUGACAGUUACUCACGCCGUUGUAGUUCUGGAUAGAGAACAAGGUGGCGCUAGCGUACUAAAAGCAAAUGGCGUCGAGCUGAGACCGCUCUUCACUUUGAGAAAUUUAACACAAAUUUUACGAGACGUCGAUAGAAUUAGUGAUGAAACUGUAGAUGUAAUAGCCGAACAUAUAAAAGUAUGUCAAUUUGGUAAAAAGGAUAACUUUUGUUGAAAAUGGUUGUGGGAUAAUUAGGAACAAUUCGAUAUUCGAUCAAUUAAGUAUUAACUUAUUUAUUAAUUAUUUGGUUGUGGUUAACGAUAUUAUGUAGGAACCAUUGGGGUCAUUUCUUAGGCGCCAUUUCUAUUAUUAAAAUUUCAAUUUGAUAUCACAGCGACAUCUUUAUUAGAAGAACCAAUAUGAACUAAUUUUCUAAUUUUAAGACGUAAUAAUUAAAGAUUGUUUUCCACAAACAAAACGACUUUAAUUGUGACAAAACUCGUUAUUGUGAUAAAAUUUUGAUAAAAUUUCUAUGGAACCAAUCUGUAAGUAUAUCCUUUCACAUAAAAAGGAAUUCUCCAAAUCGGUUUAUAAUUGACCAAUCAUGAAACAACAAAUAAGUACAAUCGUAUUAAGAAAGUCCAUUCUUGAUGGUGGUUGCAAAUUAUUAUAAGUUUAUGGUGUCCAUAAAUAGUAAUUUCGCGAAAUUAUUAAAAUAUUAGAUCGAAAGGUAAAUUAGAAAAAUAAAGAAAUGGGACCUCAGAAUCAGCCCCCUUUGUGUCUAUAAUUAAAUCUUGGUCGUAUUGUAAAAAUGUAACAGACAUAGGUACCAUAAACGUGAUACCUAAGUACCUUACAUAUAUAAGAGGUAGAAAAGAAAAAAACAGACCUGCAGACUAUUUUGUGUCUACUGCAUUUAUAAUAAUUAUUAAACUAUUGAUGUCUGCGUAAUUUUAUAUCAAUCAUAAUUUCUCUGCAGAUGUUUUCCCUACAGGCUACGAUAUGGGGUUCUUUAAGAAGGGACAUGUGAAUAAGUAAUUCUUGAGUUUCUUUCGGGCUUUUCUCAACAGAUAACAGCCUUCCAAAUGCUGCAGUGGAUUAAAAAAAAUGUCGAUUUAAAAGUGCUUCUAAACAUGUCUAUUUGAAUAAAAAACUAUUUGAAUUUAGAAUUUGAUAAGUUAAACAGUUGUAAGAUGUGAAUUGUAUUCUAUCUAGGUCACUGUAUAUAAUAUUUCUAAACAUUUGAAUAAAUACAUUUUGCCAAACAUU